AUGGCCGUUCCUGAUUGUGAUUAUGCUUCUUUCAAGGUGAAGGACCUUCCAGAUCUGAUUCUGUUUUGUCGAUCAGGUGAAAUCUACACACUAUUUCUCAGUGUGUGCCAGAAAGCCUCCUUAGUUGAUGGUAUCAUAGUGAAUACCUUCAAUGAUUUGGAACCAGAGGCCAUGAGAGCUUUACACAAGGGUUCUCAUCCUUCUUGUUCUAUUUUUCCGGUUGGACCCAUCGUUGCUCAACCCAACCAAAAUCAAGAUGAGAAGAUUCAUGAAUGUGUUGCAUGGUUGAACCAUCAGCCAUCGAAAUCUAUGUUAUAUAUAUGUUUCGAGAGUGGUAGAACACUCUCUCAGGAGCAAGUGAAUGAGAUAGCAUUUGGAUUGGAAUUGAGUGGACAAAAAUUCUUGUGGAUAUUUUUAGAGGUGAGGGUGGUCGGCGGUGAAAAGAGGAGAAGGGGGCACUGCGGCUCUAGGGUUGCUAGCGGCGGCGAAGCAGGGGCGGGGUGGGUGCGAAGGUCCUCUGGUCGGCAAGACCGAGACAGGAAAGUAGAGAAGGAGGGGUGGUCACUGACAAGGGUCUCUGACGCGGUAGGCUCUGGUUUGAAGCCGAUGGUGAUGGUGGCAAGGAGAAGCUGGUGCGGUGCUCCUGGGAUGGCGGAGGUCCGCGAUGUUGCUAGCGGAGAAGGGUGA